ACUUAGCGCCAGGUUUGGACUGGAAAUAUUUGGUGAGAGGUAAAUGUCAUCUAAAUAUCCUUCUGCGAAGAAAGGCAACCGCAUAAGCUUAUGGUUUAAACGCGUUCUACCUGAUUCCCACCCACAAGUAAAAAAACGUAAUGAGCUUACCUCAUUUUCCGAAAAUGAAACUGAAUGCCCAGUUUGUUUGAUGCCUAUAGAAGAUCCACUGCGACUUAGUUCAUGCGGUCACUUCGCUUGUUCAGUUUGUUGGAGGAAUUUCAUCUCGUGUCAAAUAGAAAACUUUGCACUGGCUCAUCUCACAUGUGUAGCGUGCUCAGAACUAUUGCAGCCAUCAACUGUGAUUCAUCUCUUGUCUGCUGUUUCAACUCGUCAUGAGUCUUCACAAAGUCCCGUAAAAGAUAAUCAGUAUGACCGCAGUUUAUCUCGAUAUGAAGAAUUUUUACUUCAACAAGCAAUGUCCUGUGAACCAGAAGCGAGAUGGUGCCCAAGAGGUUGUGGUUAUGGAUUGAUAGCACACUCCUUCCACGCCUGUCCGCAAAUUGUCUGUCUUCAUCCAAUGUGCGAAGGACGUUCAUUUUGUUUUAAAUGUAGAAGACCUUGGUCCACUGAUACAACAAAUGAAAGUUCGUCAGAUCAAAAUAAUGUUAUACAUAUUUGUCCGGCUGAACAAGAUAUGCGUAGUAAUGCAUUAGAUGGACUGCGCUCUUUCUUUGGUAUUCGACGUUUUAGCAGGCAAAUAUCUGGUCAUAAUUUAAUAACAAAUGGCCCUCAACCAAAAGUUUCUGAUAAUACUUUACCAAUACAUUUAAAUACCUCGACUUCUAUGAAGGGAAAGCGUUCCCAUGUACUGAGAUCUUAUCCCAGUUCUACCAACUACUCCAAUGAUACUCGAUUAUCUAUGGAAGAACUAUUUACAAACGUAGAUCUUGAGAGUGCUAAUACUACUGCUCCUGUUUCAAAGGAAAAACAUCCGAUCUCUGAAUAUGAUGUGGUUAACUCUUCUGAAUCAUCUCCCAAAGUAAAGAGACGUCCUUCCGUAGAUUCUAAUGAUCAAAACUCCUUAGUGAAACCCUGUCCUAAUUGUAAAACUCUCAUACAAAAACUUAAUGAUGGAAGGUGUAAUUCUAUGGUAUGCUCAAUUUGUAAUUAUGAGUUUUGUUGGUUAUGUUUACGGGAAACUACAGCAACUCAUUAUUUGAAUUUUUCCGGUUGUACUGUAUUGGGUCGCAGCCGAUGGUCAAAACUUCGUCGUGUUGUUACUGUUUGUAGUAUAAUGUUAGGUACACCAAUCCUGCUUCCACUCACAAUUGUCAUAGCACUUCCUGCUUUAUCAAUUAACUUUACUGUACUCAUGACCAAACAUGUUAAUUGGAUGCUUCUUUCGAAAUCCAAACAUUUAAGACGGUUUGUUCUAUUCUGGGUUGUAAUCGCUGGUCUCAUUGUGUUCCCAGUACUAACAGGUAAGUGCCAUACUUUUGCCUUUAAGUUUUCUUCACUUGAUCUUGGUUUAAAUGAAACAACCCUCAUUUUAGUCACAUUAAGACAACAGAUCUGCGGAGUACCUUUUUCUGGUCUACGUUUUGCGGAAGAAUAUCAAACUUUUUGUGUUCAGUCUUAAAAUUACAGGAGUACAUAUGGUUUGCGACUGCAGAUCGCGCAUUACAAAAUAUAUCAUACCACUGUGGUUACGUUCACUUUUGAUUUUGCUUUCUAUCUGUUCAUGUUUGCAAUCUAAUUUGUCUCAUAGUUUUAUUUCCGUUGCUAAGCAUAUGUCAUAAAUUUUACCUUGUGACAGCUUGAAGUGGUGCACUGUUAUAGGAUAGGCUAUAUAUCACUUCAAUCGUUCAGUAAAUUAUUUGACUCGAAAAAAAUAAAAGUUCAUAAUAUUUCUAAUGCAAACUAAGAGUUGGUACAGUAUCAAACUCAGAGACUAUUUACAUAGUUUUCAGGUAUUUUUAUUUCAUUCUGUUUGCUAAUCACAUUAAUCUAGUUUUGUAAAGACAAUCGAAAUAUCCAAACCAAAGCAAAAUGGCCGUUCAUUUCUCCAUGCCUUUCAUUUAUUCAUCAGCUUGUAAUGAGAAUUAACUCCGGCAUGUAAUUUAAGAGAUAAAUCGUUACUGACUUUCAUUUUUAAAACAUCAAUAAAUCAUGUUUGCUAAAAACCAUUCCCAGAAAUCAUUCAAUGUAAACGAAUAACAAUGAAGGUUUCUCAAUUUCUACAAAGUGUAUAGUCAAAGAAUGGGCGUUAAACUAAUAAAAUAAAUCUGUUAUAUUAAUCGUAUGGCCCCGCGUUUUAAUUCCAGUGAUAAAAUAUGUAUCCCUAUUAACUAAGUAUAUUUACCUAGACUUAACUGUUGUGUAAUGAAUACGUUACCGAUUAUAUGAGAUGUUUAGUGGAAAUAGUCUUGAGAUUAUGUAUACUUCAAGGAUUCGAAUGCGCAGGCAAACCAUGCAAGCAAGAUGGAUAUUAACCUGGGCCAGAAUUGUUCAAUUAGUUAUAACUGAUUUUAAAUGACCAAAUAAAUGAUAAGAUAGAGAAACAUUACAUAUACAACGUUCACUUGGAUAUCUUCUUACUGUUAUCAAAAUAUUACAUUUUUCACCCUACUUGUCAGACGUUCUUCACAUAUCUUGUGUGUGAUUUAUUUAUAAAUACAGACUUUAUUUUAGAUCUGAAUUCUAUGAACAAGAAUAUGUAGCAGUAUGCACCACAUUUGUAGUGCAUAGCGGCGUGUUUACGGAAAAUAAUCGUAACAGUAAUAAUCCAUCAGCUAUAUGUGGUUAGUAUUCUACGUUAAUGCGUCAUUCGUCGACCUCACCAAAUUUAUUGUAUUGUUUGUAGUAGUCGCAGCAGCCAUAGCUGGUAGAAAAACGUGCUGUCGAAAUUCCGAUCGCAUAAUAACCUUUGCAUCUGAUUUUUAUUUGUGAUGGUGUUGUCAUUAAUUUGUAUUUAUUAAACAACCAGUUUGUCGACUGUCGAUGAGACAAAGAAACUAUCCUUGUAGCUACUUAAUUAUGGAGUCCGUACCCCUUCUCGGGUUACUGCCGGUCCAAAGCCCGGGUAAACAAGGAGGGUUAGACAUGGUGUCAGCAACUCCAUACCAUAAAAAACAACCUUGUUAAAACAGUGAUAAACAGAUUAAACAAAAAAUAAACCAUUCAAACUGUUCUGGAAGUUGGAUGAUCUUCGUUUAUGAGAAUUAUGACGCGUCAUGAUGAAAGCCGACAUUCUUCAGAAGUCACGAGGCCAAAGCCCCUUCUAACCACCAGAGUAAGAAUUAAUAUGGGUACAUGGGACGUCCGGACAAAGUGGGAGACCGAGAGGAUCAAUCAAGUGGCUAUGGAAAUGAGGAGAUACAACCUGGAGGUCCCAGGAAUCAGUAAAACCCAUUGGACCGAAGCUAGACAGAAAAGGAUAGAUUCAACAGAGGUGCUGUUUUACUCUGGUCAAGAAGAAAGUACUCCACACUCACGGAGUUGCUCUGAUGCUGUCCAAAGAAGCACGCAAAGUACUUAUAGGAUGAGAAUCUCAUGGACCCAGGAUCAUCAAAGCAUUCUUCACAACUAAGAAAGAGGGAAUCACAAUGAAUAUUAUCCAAUGUCAUGCACCCACCAAUGAUAGCAACGACGAUGAUAAAGAUAAGUUUUACGAGAGGCUGCGAUCGAUCAUAGAAAACUGCCCAGGAAAGGAUCUGACAAUCCUGAUUGAAGAUCGAAACGCCAAAGUUGGAAUGGACAACAACGGUUAUGAAGAUAUCAUGGGACGGGAUAAACUAGGAGAAAGGAACGAGAAUGGGGAGAUAUUUGCAAAUCUAUGCGCAUUCAACAAAAUGGUUAUAGGCGGCAUAGUAUUCUGACACAAAGCUACGUGGGUCUCACCGGAUCACAAUACAGAGAAUCAGAUCGAUCAUAUUUGCAACAGUAAAAAAUUCGAAAAGUCGAUGGAAGACGCGAGAACCAAGAGAGGUGCUGACAUAGCUUCACAUCAUCACCAACUGGUGAUUGCCAAGACCAAACUAAAGCUAAAGAACCAGUGAACAACUGGACAAAUAGCACUACCAAGGUUCAAUACAGCCUUCCUUCGAGAUACUGACAAACUCAGUGAAUUGAAGAUACCUCUGAGCAACGGGUUCCAAGCCUUACAAGAUCCUACUCACAGAAGCAAAGACUACUAUGGAGGACAACUGCAAAGGGAUCAGAAGCACUAACUUCAACAUGUCAGGAGGCUCUGGGCCGCAGCAAGCAUCAUCAUAAAGAAUAGAUAUCUAUCGAAACCCUGGGCAAGAUUCAAGAAAGGAAGAACAAGAAGAUAGCAAUUAACAACAGCCGAACAAUAACAGAAGUCAGGUUACAAGUUGAACAUAUAAAAGCAAACAAUAUAGUGAAGAGGAGCAUUAUAGUCGUCAAGUAGAAAUACGGGGAAAACCUAGCAGCGACAGUGGAAAAACGCUUCAAGAAAAGGAAAUAUGAGACAGCUAUAUGGCACGACGAAGAAGCUGGGAAAUGUAGUAAUCUAGAGAGACCGGUCAAGGACAAAGAAGUUAAGUUGAUCACUGAGAUUCAAGAACAAAGGAACAGGUGGGCAGAGCAUCUGAGGAAUUCUUGAGUAGACCAAUCCCAUUGAACCAACCAUACAUCGAAACAACACACGCAGAACUUCCUAUCGAUGUCACUCCACCAACAAUCGAAGAAAUCAGAAUGGUCAUCAUACAUAUCAAUCGUGGGAAGGCAGCGGGACCUGACAAAAUACCAGAUGAGUCACUGAAGUGAGACACAGAAUUAACUUCAAAAAUGUUUGUUGAGGGCUAAUUUCCUGUAUAUCUGACUCCAAUAAAUGAUACCCCGUUAACUGAGUAUUUAAGGUAGGCUAAAUCUCCUAGUAGAACUAUGGAUUUACUUACUUACUUACGCCUGUUACUCCUC